AUGGUUGCGAUUAACCUGGGUGACUCGGCGAAGAAAGAAAAACCACCACAAGAAAAGCUUUCACCGCCAAGUCCGGCAAUUGAAAAGCCACCAAUUCUUCAGCUUUACGAAACAUGCAGCGAGAAUGGAGGCACAAUUUUCCGUACAACGAUCUUCAUCCAAGUGGCCACUCUCGCUUUGUUCAUUCGGCUCAUUUACUGCGUGUGGUCAUUCCAUUACGUUCGUCACCUUUUGGGACUGGUUUUCUCGAUUCUUGGUGUAAUCGUUUUGGGAUACUCAAACACUUUGGCUAAACGUGCUUACUACAAAACAAAUGAAAGCCGCUUGAUUCGGAUGCAGUACAUGGUUUUGAUGCUUCUCCUGGGCUUAAACAUCCCAAUCAUCAUUCUUAUCUGGACAGUCGGUUUUGAUGAGUUCAUCGAAUGGGAUCCGGCACCACUUGUAAUGCUUGGUCUUCCGAUGUUGGUCCCUCUUCAAGCGUACGCGAUUGUUGUCUGGCGAAACACUGAAAAGAAAAUGAUCGCUGGUGAAGAUCAUCGAAGCAUCGCAUUCUACGAUCAAGCAAACAAAUGGAAACAACAACUUUACGUGGAACUUUGGACAAUCGAGCCAGGGACCGAAACCGAAGCUCCGAUUCCAAAUCAACAAAUAAAUCAAUACCAUAGACGUGUUCUAAUCAAUGGGGUUCUUCUUUUCAAGCUCACCAUCUUCGCCGACCUUGCAACUCUUGGAAUGUUCAUCAUCAUGGUCGUGAAUUACCCUGACGGAUUCAUUAGUGAUCAUCAUGGCUAUAUGAUAGCGCUUACUUCGGUGAUUGGAGUGAUCCUUUUCAUCACCGUAAAUACCCCAGCUCUUUGCGCUUACUUCAGGACCAAGAAGAGUCGACACGCGACAUUCAAAUACAACUCUGUGAUGUCGAUCACCGCUCUGACAACCGUCAUUAUUUUCGCUCUAUGUGCCUAUGGGGACUACUUCUUCAAUCAGCCCGUCAGUCUCGGUCUCGUUCUCCUUGUCCCAAUCCAGCUUUACUCGGGAGCAAUCUGGUGGAGACUCACCAUCUUCGAAUUCUGCGAUACAAAUGUCGUAAACGAGGCU